GCGAAAAAUGUAAACAACGAAGAAGAAAAGGUCAGCUGAUUCAAGCUAGUCAGUUUAGCAGCAACUGGGAAAUAGCAAGAUCUUCUACAUUACUUAUAUAUGUAAAGGAUUAUUGUCAAGCUGAUUUUAAUAUUUUAUGAUUUAAAGGUAUACAAGUAUGAAAGGUUUAUACUGCCAAGCUGGUGUGAGUGAUGCUGAGCCCAAGUUCGUUAUUCAGGAAACGAGUCUUCCAGAGGCUUUGUGCAGCCAUCUGGUCAGAGUUCAGGUAAAGGCGUGUGGACUCAGCCCACUGGACCUCAAGCUGCUUAAUGACGUGGGGAUCCAGAGAGAUUUCAUUCCUGUUGGCAGAGAGGUGGCCGGGGUCGUCCUGCAAGUGGGCGCCAAGGUCUCUUUCUUCCAGCCGGAGGAUGAGGUUGUAGGUAUUCUGCCUCUGGACUCUCCCUGCUCUGGACUCUGUGACAGCAUUGACAUAGAUGAACAUUAUUUAGUUCAGAAGCCAGAGAAGCUCAGCUCGGUGUGUGUUGCGGGAGCGCUGCGUGACGGCCUGUGUGCUUACACUGCUCUACAUACACACGCUCGCAUGGCAGCCGGACACACACUCCUGGUCAUGGACGGAGGCAGCUCCUUUGGCCUCAUGUGCAUCCAGCUGGCUUGUUACCACGGAGUGAAGGUCUUUACGACAUCACACUCGCCGCAGAAACACGCAUUCCUGGAGCAGCUUCGGCCCAGCGUAGGUGUUCAGGAUGCUUUAGUAGCCAAGGUCAUCCCAGUUUAUACCGGCUCGGCCGACCUGCUGCCGGUGGUUCUGGAGGAGACCGGAGGACUGGGAGUGGAUAUCGUCAUCGACUCUGGAGUGCGUCUGCAAGAGGAAGAGUCGGAGGAAACGAAGCUCCUCCCACACAAGCAUGACAUCAUCAGUGUGCUGGGAGUGGGGGGGCACUGGGUCACAUCCCAUAAAGAACUGCAGUUGGAUCCUCCAGAUUGCAGAUUUCUGCACCUAAAAUCCGCCUCUAUGUCUUUCCUCAACCACGAAGUGUGGAUGGCUUCAUCCGCUCAGCAAGGAAGAUACCUGCAUAUUCUGAAGGACAUUGUGGAGAAGAUGUCGACUGGAGUACUCAGACCGCAGCCCGAGGAGGCGGUGCCGCUCUAUGAAGCCACUGUUGCCAUGGAGACUGUCCAGCGUCACCAGAAGAAGGCUGUUGUUCAACUCUGACCACGUGCGUCCGAAAUGCGCCUGAAUCGUCCCGCAGCGUGCAUCACGCUCAACACAGGAAGACACGGUGAACCUUUUGCCUGUCUGGACCAACACUGAGAGAAAGUCACAGUCCUGUGGUGAGAGUCUCCGCUUCACUUGACCUGCUCCACUUCAAGCUGCAGGAAGAAUCCUUUUCCUUCAGUUGGAACCAACGAGCCGCUGAGUUUCCUCCAAACACGAAACACCUUUUUUACUUCUGAACGUUUGAUUUCAUGUGGCUCUUAUGAUGCGAGCCUUCAGCCCGCACUGGAGCCUGUCUGCUCAGUGUUCCUCAAUAAAUACACUUUAUCCAAA